AUGCCUUCAUCAUCGAUGAAUAAAAAUGAAACUAAUGAACAAAAACAAUCUCUAUUAAAAAAUGAUGAUAAACAAAAUAAAACUGAUACUGGUGCAAAUAUUAUUCUUAUUGGAGCACCUGGCAGUGGUAAAGGUACACAAAGUACUCGAUUAGUAGAACGUUAUCAAAUAUGUCAAAUAUCCACAGGUGAUUUACUUCGUCAAGCUACUCAAGAUAAAACAUCAUUAGAAGGUGAAAAAAUUCGACGAGUAAUGGAAACAGGAGGUCUUGUUGAUGAUGAAACAGUUAUGUCAUUAAUUGAUAAAAGUAUAAAUAAACCUGAAUGUCGUAAUGGAUUUUUAUUUGAUGGUUUCCCUCGUACGAUUUAUCAAGGUGAACAGUUAGAACAAUUACUUGAAUCAAGACAAAAGCGACUUGAUGCAGUUUUAGAAUACGCUAUUGAAGAUGAUCAUUUAAAACGACGUAUUCUUGGUCGACUGAUUCAUAAAUCAUCAGGUCGAACAUAUCAUGAAGAAUUUAAUCCACCUAAACAACCCAUGAAAGAUGAUAUUACAGGUGAAAAACUUGAACGUCGUUCUGAUGAUACUAAUGAAACACUCAGCGCUAGAUUAACUACUUAUCAUAAACAAACAAAACCAUUAAUUGAUUUUUAUCGUCAACGAAAUAUUCAUCGUUCAAUAGAUGCAACACAAAGUGUAAAUGAUGUAUCUAAACAAUCAAUUGAAAUAGUUGAUUAUUUACGUAAACAAACAACAUAUAAACCAUCAACAAGCGCUAUUCGACAAACCGAAACUGAUGAUACAUUAACAAUUAAAUCUAAAUCAAUAAUAAAUCAACGUGAUGUUGAUACAAGUCAUUUAAGUAAUAAUUUUCUAUUUAUAUACAAUGCGGUGAUAUCGGUAUUACGUGAUCGUGGUAUUAUUUAA